AUGGAGAGCUACGUGCGGAAGCGGUCGUGGAAGAAGGGUCCGACGAGGGGGAAGGGCGGGCCGCAGAACGCCGCCUGCGAGUACCGGGGCGUGCGGCAGCGGACGUGGGGCAAGUGGGUGGCGGAGAUCCGCGAGCCCAACAAGCGCGCCCGCGUCUGGCUCGGCUCCUUCGCCACCGCCGAGGAGGCCGCGCUCGCCUACGACGAGGCCGCGCGGAAGCUCUACGGGCCCGACGCCUUCCUCAACCUGCCCCACCUCCGCGCCGCCGCCGGAGGUGGAGCCGCCACCUCCGCGGCGCAUCACCGGAUGAUCAGGUGGCUCCCUGCGUCCGGUGUCUCCUCCGCCGGCUCCGGCGUCGGCCCCAGGGGCUGUGGCUCCGCGGUGCCGUCGUACGGCCUCCUCAACCUCAACGCGCAGCACAACGUGCACGUCAUACACCAGAGGCUGCAGGAGCUCAAGAACUCCUCCUCCUCGCCGACCAAGCCGCCGUCCAGGAGGACCCCACCUCCGCCUCCUCCUCCUCUCGCCGCCUCGUCUCCUUCCUCCACGGUGACCACCAACGCAAUGCCGCCCUCCGAGCCGUGCUUCUACGCCCUGGAGCACGCGAUGGCGCCGUACGAGGGCGCGCCGUGCGAGAGCGUGGGUGCCGCGGGCUUCGGCGGCGGCAAGCCCCAGCUCGACCUCAAGGAGUUCCUGCAGCAGAUCGGCGUGCUCCGGGAGGACGACGGGGGCAGCGCAGCGCUUGGGAAGGAUCAGGGCACUGGCGAGGUGGCGGACUCGUUCGGGUUCGGCGGCGGCGGCAACAACGGUGGCGCGGACUUCGACUGGGACGCGCUGGCCGCCGACAUGAGCGACAUCGCGGCUGGAGGUCAUGGUGGCGGCGCCCUGGGCGUUAACGGGGCGUUCCACAUGGACGAUCUCGACCAGUUCGGCUGCAUGCCCAUCCCUGUAUGGGACAUCUGA